CGGAGCGCCCCCCUUGUGGCGUGCGUGUGCCUGGCCUCCAGUUAGCAAGUCGGCACUCGGGAACCGCCGCUCCGCCCGAUGGAAAAGCACUAAAUAUCCGCCCACCGGAGCCCGUUGGAAACUCCCGCAAGACUUGGCGGUGCCCCACAAUGCAAAAAGCUUGACUGAAAGGUUAGGGGGAUGGAAGCUAGCAGCAUCAUCGAUGUGCUCAACAAGAAGCUGGCCUUCCUCUCAGGCGGGAAAGACCGUCGCAGCGGUCUGAUCCUCAGCAUCCCGCUGGGCUGCGACCAGACCAGCAUGGACGAGCUCAGCGACACGCUGGACUAUCUGCUCGGAAUUCCCAGCGAAAAGUGCAAGGCACGAGGCUUCACCGUCAUCGUGGACGGACGGCGCUCGCAGUGGAAUACGGUCAAGACGGUGGUGCUCAUGUUGCAGAACGUGAUCCCGGCCGAGGUGUCGCUGGUGUGCGUGGUCAAGCCCGACGAGUUUUGGGACAAGAAGGUCACGCACUUCUGCUUCUGGAAGGAGAAGGACCGGCUGGGCUUCGAGGUGAUCCUGGUUUCGGCCAAUAAGCUGACUCGCUACAUCGAGCCCUCGCAGCUGACCUGCGACUUCGGAGGGACUUUGGACUACGACCACGGCGACUGGCUCGGCAAGAGACUGGUCUUUGAGAAGUUCACCAAGGAGUCCACCUCGCUGCUAGACCAGCUGUCCAUCAUCAACGACAGCGACAAGAGCGCCCCCCUGGACAAGUCAGCUGACGUCGUCCUCCCGUCAUUUGACCCGGAGACGGUUCUCCAGACGGGUCACGAGUUGCUGUCGGAACUGCAGCAGCGGCGCUUUGACGUCUCGGAGGGUGGAGGAGGUGGGGGAGGCGGCCAAGGAGCGCCGGCGUGGCGUCCGAUGGAGGAGGAGCUUCUGGCUCAGCCUCAGGUGGUGAAGCUUCUGGACUCGCUGAGGGAGAAGUACACACGCUACCAGGAAGUCUGCCGCCAGCGCAGCAAGCGCUCGCAGAUACACGACGUGCACGCCAAAGUCAUGCAGGUGGUGACAUGGCUGCAGGGUCCGGGCUCGGAGCUGCUGAAGACUCACCGGGCCAUUGGCGACUCCGUGCGGGCGGCGCAGGCGCUGCAGCAGAAGCACGAGGAGAUCGAGAGCCAGCACAGCGAAUGGUUUGCCGUGUACGUGGAGCUGAACCAGCAGAUCGCCGUCCUCCUCGGCGGUGGCGACGAGGACGACGAGGAGGUCGGCGAGCUGAAGGCGCUGCAGCGGCAGCUGAGCGACGUGUGCUACCAGCAGGCGGCGCAGCUGGAGAGUCGGCAGAACGUCCUGCAGGCUGCGCACGCAUUCCACGCCGCCGCGCAGGAGCUGUCCCAGCAGCUGGACGCCCUCCUGGGCACGCUCUGCGCCGACGUGGCCCCGGCGGACGGCUCCCAGAUCCAACACGGCCUCAAGCUGCUGGAGGAGAAGCUGCGCAGCGUCGAGGCGGGGCUGGCGUCGCUGCGCCAGAAGGGGGCGCUGCUGCUGGAGCGCACCUGCGCCCACGAAGGCGAGGUGGCAGAUGAGCAGCGGGACAACGUGGGGCAGAUCCGCGACGUCAUGGACGACAUGCAAAUGAGGAAACAGAGGUGCGAGGACAUGGUGGACGUGCGGCGUCUGAAGAUGCUGCAGAUGGUUCAGCUGUUCAAAUGCGAAGAAGACGCCUCACAGGCUGUGGAUUGGCUGUGUGAGCUGCUGGACGCGCUGCUCAAGACGCACGUGCGACUCGGGGACGACGGCCGCGACACCAAAGCCUUGAUGGACAAACACAGGAAGUUUGUGGACGUGGCGCAGAGCACCUACGACUACGGACGGCAGCUGCUGCAGGCCACGGUGGUGCUGUGCCAGUCGCUGCGCUGCGCCGCCCGCUCCUCCGGGGACACGCUGCCCCGACUCAACCGCGUGUGGAAGCAGUUUGCCGUCAGCGCCGACGAGCGACAGCAUCGGCUGCAGCUCGCCCUGGCCUUCCACCGGCGCGCCGACGCGGUGCUGGAGGACGAGCGCGCCGAGGCCGAGUCUCUGGACGAGGCGGACGCUUCAGCCAAAGCUCUGCUGGACAGACUCGGCAUGCCCGUCAUCUUCCCCGAUGGGAGCGAGCAACGUUUCGGCAGCUCGGGCAGCGACGCGGCGGCGGCCGAGCGCGUGCGAGAGCGCCUCCUGCUGGUGGAGGAGCGUCGGCUGCAGCUUCAGGAGGCGGAGGUGGGCGGCGAGCCCCGCCCGCACGACGAGUCGCUUCACGCCACCCUCGAUGUCAUCGGCGAGGAGCCGGGAGAGAAGGAGGCUGAGGACGAGGAGCCAGAGGAGCAAGAGGAAGCCGACUCCCGGGAGCAGGACAUGCUCCAAUGCUGAGAGAAUUGUUGGCCUUGCCUGCCUGCCUGGCUGGCUGGCUGGCUGGCUGUGGCUAACAGUUGCGUUGCUUUUUUUCUAACAUAACCUCUGUGGGGAUUGGAGACAUUUUUCCCAGCAUGCUCCUGGUUCCCGCCCCUCCUGUGCUCGCCAAAACCAAAUAAUUUAUUUCACAUUUUGUUUUUCCCGAGAAAACGCUUCCACCAUCCAAGCCUCCUCUCCCCAAUUAAAUGUCCAUGACAUCGUCCAAAUAAACUUUUUCAAGUUUCAAA